AGAGAUAGCAUCUUCUGCUACAUUUCGUUCUCGCAAAUUCAAAACUUCAAGUUCAUGGCACGUUUUUCAUGACUGUUUAGCUGAUGGUGAUUCAAUGGAAAAAAUAUUUAGGAGCCGAAAGAAACUAAAUCUACGGCUAUAUCAGACAAGUGCUUAAAAUUUCGUGGCAAAUAACGCGGCGAGUGUGUGGUGCGCGAGUAUCGGGAUUAUGUCGUGCGCUACACGCUUGGCGGAACCCACGCUGCGAGGUUGUUUGACGUUUGAGAGACGGUAGCGAUGAUAGUUCUCCUCUCUCUGACUUUCCCGUGCGUAGUUCGAACUCUCACGGGAUCGUGCUCAAAAACCAAACGAUUUGAACUUGUUGGAACAGGAUUUGCCUUGUUGAAUCAUGAGAUCAAAAGGGUGACAGUUGUCUCGUCCUUGGACUGUGCAAUGGAGUGUACAGCGACUCGUGAAUGCAGAUCUUUCAGUUUUAAUUCAAAUGAAAGCGUGCAGGGUAACUGUCAGCUGAAUGACGCCACACAAAGUAUAUGCUCACCUUCCGAGUGCAAAAAGUCUGAUGGACUUGUGCAUUACGAAGCCAGCCAAUUGGGAUGCUUGUCCUCUCCUUGCAUGAAUCUAGCUCGCUGUCUUGAAAGUUGUUCAGGAGAGUCAACUUUCAAGUGUGAAUGUGCUCACAAGAAAACCUAUGGGGACCGCUGCGAAUUCUGGACAGGUUUGGUGUCUUGUUAGGGUACAUAAGUCAUUACCAAUGGUUGACAACAGAACUGAAUCAAACUGUAUGCACCAUGGC